AUGACCAUCUUGAACCCCGCCGUCUUUUUGCGCACCCAGGGGCAGGAAAUAAGUCCCAUCAUCUCGGAGGAACCGGAAUUGGUUGUCUCAAGCCGGAAGUGGACAAUUUCUGGUCCCUCCCAGAACGGAAGAGUCCCUGGAGAAGGCGAGAUUUCCGGCUACGCCCGAAUAUGCCCGGGAGACAGCAAAGCUGAAGGCUCUGGAGGUGGCGUCGCGGCUGAGGCUGCACAGGGUGAGGACAGCCCCAUCCCUUCUGGUCAGGUGGUAGGCCGCACCCCUUCCUUUCGAGGCCCCGCCCACAAGCCUCACCCCCCGCCCUCUGCUCUGCAGGACCUGCACCCUCCUGAUGUCAUUAUUGGAGCUGACACCAUUGUGGCCUUGGAUGGCUUCAUCCUGGAGAAGCCAAAGGACAAGGAUGAUGCCUACAGGAUGCUGCGCAGGCUGAGUGGCCAGCAGCACAGUGUCAUCACCGGUGUGGCCAUCUUGAGGCCACUGUGGCAGAGGCAGCUUCAGGAGCCGAGCUCCACAUGCCCAGAGGCCCCAGAGGUGGAAGGGGACCCAGAAGCAGAAGUGGAAUUGUCACUGUUCCAUGAAGAGACCCGUGUGACAUUCUCGCGGCUAUCGGAGCCACGGCUCUGCGAAUACGUGGAGAGCGGGGAGCCUCUGGACAAGGCUGGCACCUACGGGCUUCAGGCGCGAGGCGGUGCCCUAGCAGAGCGCGUGGAAGGGGAUUUCUUCAAUGCCGUGGGGUUUCCACUCAACCGCUGCAUGCGUGAGCUGGCUGCCAUCUUCCCGGAUGUGGGACCACACGUCCCUGUCAGCCAGCAUCCGGCCACACCCCAAUAAUGAGGAUUGUAGAUGGAGAAUGAGUAUGUGAGUAUUGCGGUAAAUAAGGAUCAGGA